AUGGAAGAUAACAAAGGUUUGGAUGACAUUGAAUAUGAUGAUGAAUCAGUGGAUGAGUACUUGGAUAAAUACUUGAAUGGUGAAGGUGAAGGAUCAGGUGGACAUACCAUAAAAUUGGCUGAUCCUGAAAAAACAACGCCUUUACAUUAUGUGGAGGAGGCUAAACAAGCCCUAGCCGAUUUGAAAGCCAUAAUCAAAGAACCUGGUUGGAAAGGGGUAACGUCUAAAUAUACUAGGGUUUAUAGUAAAUUAGGAUCUUUAAGGAAUGAAAAGCUUCCAGUAUUUAUGGGUCAAUGUGAAAUACGGGGCUUUAGUCCGAUGCCAAUUUUUACAGUUAUCGGAAGGAGAAAGCUUUGGGAUGACUGGUUUGAAGAAGGGAGUAUAAUUGAAAGUUUGGACGAUACAACGAGCUUAACAUAUAUGGUCAUGCAAGGAAUUUCUGGGUCAAGAGCACGAGAUUUAUCUUUGGUGGAAAAAGUUGAAUGGAGUCCGAAUGGAACGAUCUAUUUUGCAUCUACAUCGGUUAACACAGCAAAAGUACCACAAGUACCUGGUAAAAUUCGUUCAACUCUCAGUCUCAGCGGUUGGAUCCUUGAACCUACUUCUAGUAAUCCACCUAGUACAAAAGUGACGUAUAUUCUUCAGCUUCAUGUUAAAGGAUGGAUUCCUUCGUUAGUUGCGAAGAAGUAUUUAGCAAAACGUCCUCUUAUCAUUAACAAAAUCAACAGCUAUUUGCAAAAACAUGGUGCACCUGAUAUAUCCCUUCCACCUACGCCGACAGGUUCCAAACAUACAACAUUGCUUAUAGAUAGGAAUGAACUAUACAAUAAUAAAGCAUUGAAAGCUCUGGCUUCUAUAGAUAACGAACAAGAUAAACCAAAAGAUAAUUAUGAAGAAGAAGAUUCUGAACUCAUGCCUAAGAUUCCUGAUCAGUCACCUAUUUUACCCUCGUCAUCCGAACACGAGCCCUCGGUACACCAACCAACUUCAUCAUCUGAAAAUCACUCUAACUUGCCUCAAGAAUCUAAACCAGAAUUAAAAGAGCUGAUCAUAGAAAAAGUGAAUUCAUAUCCUCAUCAAGACAACGCGUUGGAGGCUCUCAAGAUACUUAAAUCAUUAGUAAAAGAUCAAACCAGUUGGGAAUUGUAUUCAGAAAAUAAAGGAAUUAAGAUUUAUCAGAGGGAAAAUCCCGGUAAAUCUAUACCAUGCAUGCGUGGGGAUGUUACUAUCUACGGAGAUUUUCUUCCAGAAGACAUUCGCACAUAUGCUACCUCUUUAGACGCAAGAAAAUUGUGGGAUGAUCGAUAUGAGGAGGGUACUACGAUUGAACGAUAUAGUCUUACCGAUGUGCUUACUAGAACGGCUAUGAAGGGCACCUUCCCCAUCAGUGGUCGUGAUUUUUCAAUGAUUAGUACGGUUGAUCGUGACCCGGAUGGUACAAUUUGGUGUGCAACCACGUCGAUUGUUGACCCCAAAAUUCCCGAGAACAAAAAAUAUGUUCGAGCAGAAUUAAGUCUUGCUGGAUGGGAAUUACGACCUGUUUAUGACAGUGUUGGUAAUAGAAUCGCAAUUGAUGUUAAAUAUAUUGUGGAUACUGAUAUUAAACUUGAAUCAGUUCCAACGAGAAUUCUCAAGUCAAUAUCAAUGCAAACACCAAUGUGCGUUGCUAAAAUUGAUGAAUUAUUGAAAAAAAUUGGAUUUCCGCCAUAUAUUCGACAUACAACCGGGACAAUAAUAGAAGAAGAGUUUAAUACCAAAGAUUUUCAAUAUGAUUUAACAUUAUCAAAUACAGAAGAAGAAAGGAUUACUGAACUUCGAACAUCUAAUAAAAUGUAUCCUAAUGGCUUUAACAUUUCUACUAAACCGGAGAACGUCAAGGUUGAAUUGAAUUCAGAUGAUAGUGGAGUUGUCUGUAUCAUUGUUCCUGUUGAUAUUAAUGCAGAAAAAUUACAAAUAACAAUAGUUAAAAAUACAUCUAAAGAUGUUCAAAUUACUUGUAAUGGAAACCAAAUAUUAAGUAUGAAAUCUAAGGACGAAAAUAAGGACAAUGAACUUAGCAGAUCAAUCAAGGAGAAUUCAGAUGUUACGCCAAUGCAAACUGAAAUCACCCAAAAUUCCAACUUUUCUAAAGGUCAAGAUCAACAAAUAAGCAAGGUUGAUGUACAAUCAGAUAUAGCACGCGAAGUAUCUCAGGCCAACAUACAACCGGAUACCUCCAAGAAUAAUAUUGAUAUUAACCGUAAUAUUAGUAAGAAUGGUGAUAAUGUUGUAGUACCCAAAGAAUCAUCGAAAAUGUACAAACAAAGGAGUGACCUAAUAGUUUUUUCAGAACAAAUCAGAUUUGAUUACAAGCAACUUGGGCUAAUGUUCGCAUCUAUGUUAUUGGCAUAUCAAGCUGGAAAAUUCAGCGGGUGUUAA